UGACUGCCGCACAUACCUUUAAUGUUCAAAACAUUAAAUUAAUCAAUACCUCGGUAUAUCUACCUGAGAAGUGUAACAGUAAAACCAUUAACUAACUAAUAUACCUUAUACAUUUUCUCAUUGAUGCGUUGUAAUACAGGUUAUCUACCUUUGUAUAUAUAAAAUAUACAUAUCAGCGACAGGAUUAGCAGCAUAUAGCUCUCUUUCGUUUUUUGGAUUAUCGUGUAAUUUAUAAGGAGCUGACAAUGGGAUGUGUAUCGAGCACCGAAGUGAGGUCACCACCCUUCAGGCCUCAGUCCAAACCAUGCAAGUCUGGCUAUAUGCUGUACAGUGACGGAUACACCAAAUGGAAAAAGGUGUUCGUGGUCCUGUUCCAGGAUUCUAUGUUAGCUUGGUUCCGUAAACCCAAAGAAAGAAUGCCUAUAUGUCAUGUUAUGUUAAAGAAUGUAUGUAACAUGUUAGCAGUUGGUCCUAUAUGCAAGAAAAUCCCACACUGCCCUAAAAAGAUUCCGAAAAAGACGAGUUACAGCUAUAUGAUAGCUUUUCCUCAGUGGGUUACCCCGGGUACUACAGGAAACAAUCUGUCCAGUCCUGUGUGCUUCUUCUUGUGCCCAAACGGAAGUACUAUGGGAACAUGGAUGUCAUCGAUUGCAGAAGUUCUGCCACCACCGACAUUACCCGCAGCUACACAAAAUGGGGCACCGUAUCCGGGGGCGUAUCCACCGCCUUCGGCCCCACCAAUGAAUGGCCAAGUGGGAUACGGCCAACCUCCGGGAUACGGACAACCACCUGGAUAUGGACAACCACCUGGAUACGGACAGCCACCGGGAUACGGCCAGCCUGCAGGAUACGGCCAGCAACAGGUUAUUGUACAACAGGGACAAAGACAACGACGGGGGUCCGGGGAUUUUUCGAAAGGCUUUCUGGCUGGUGCAGCAUUGGGAUAUGGGUUUGGAAGGCCGUGGGGCUGGGGAUGGGGCUGGGGCUGGGGUUAUCACCCCUGUUAUGGUUGGGGUUAUGCUGACUAUGAUAUGGAUGUAGAUGUUGAUGUGGACGUGGAUGUAAAUGUGGAUUAUGACGCAGAUCUUGCUUCAGUGGACAAUUUUGGUGGAAGUGAUUACCAGGACUUUGGAGACACUGCUGAUGCCAGCGGGGAUGGUGAUUUCGGACUAGCUGAUUAUGAUGCUGGUGGUGGGGACGAUUUUGGUGGAGGUGGUGGAGACUGGGUUGGUGGAGGUGGGGAUUAUGGAGGGGGUGAUUACGGUGGAGGUGACUAUGGAGGCGGAGAUUAUGGAGGAGGCGAUUACGGUGGCGGAGGUGAUUAUGGAGGGGGUGACUUUGGAGGCGGAGGUGACUUUGGUGGGGGAGAUGCAGGAGGAGGAGGAGGAUGUGGCGGUUGUGGAGGCGGCGGGUGCGGCGGAUGCGGUGGAGAGUGAUCAUAACAGACAGUAACGGAUGCCAUAAAAUGCUUCUUUAUAUAAAUGUUCAUUGAUAUCCGGUACAAUAAUCACUUCUAAACAUGCGCAUAUAUAUAGAGUCUAGCACAUUCAAACAAUGCAAUGUGUGAGCAUAUCUCAUUCUGUGAUAUUUUCCUUAAAGAUGUUAAAGAAUUCAAUAGAGCGAACGAAAGCAUAAAUAGGAGGGGCAGACUGGAAUACAUGGUUGGAAAACCUGAUUCUGUAGAGACAGAAGAACUAUAUAAUGGGUUAAAUUAUCUUUUUUGCAUUUUUUUAAUCAUACAUGUAGGCCUACUGAAACUAACCCUAACUUACAUCUACAUCUUCAUUUUAUUGUGUCAGAUCAAACAAGAAGAUCAAUUACUGGUCAAAAACAUUGUAUACGUUUAUUUCAUAUUUGAUAUUACUAGUGAGGAAUCUAAUGUCUAUUGAUGUAGCUUUAUUACUAGAACCUGUAUGUUCUCUGGUGGCAAGGUUCUCUCGAUGAGAUCAACAUUAUUCAAUGACUAAGUCGGCUUCUGUGAACCCAUUACAGAUGGGCAUUCCACUUGGGUGUAUCAUCAUACUUUAAACACAAUUGUAUAUUAUUCAUUUUCUUUUUCAUGCUUUUAUGUAUAGUCUGAUUUCGUGGUCAACGAUGUUUUUGUAUUUCAAACAAUGGAAUGGUCCGUUAUUUAGGUAGUGUUAUAAUUAAACUCUCAAAUGUCAAAAUCAAACUAUAUUUACCGUUUUAUCAAGAUAUUAAUAUAUUUAUCAAGGACGUAAAUUUAUACCUACGCCAAUUACGCGAAUGUAUGUCAUUUUGCUCAGGUAGCUUUGUUAUUACUUUGAUAUUAACAAAUUUUCAUUAAAAAUGAGUCUAAUUUCA